AUGGUGCAGCAGGAGGAAAGGUAGGUCAUAUUUUGGCGCCAAAAUUGAUGAAUUCAAAUUUUAAUUGUAAAUUUCGCAGUCAGACGCGAGACGACGAGAGUACUUAUUUUGCAAAAAUAUCUCGAAAAUGAAUUUCGCUUCGAGAUAUUUUCAAUAAAACAUGUUGUGUUCCUUGAAACAAAAUACGGUAUUUUUUCAAAGGGACACAUAUUUUUCUCGAAAAUAUCUCGAAGCGAUGUCUUUCUCUGUCUGACGUCAUCAGACUCUCGUCGUCUCUCGUCUGACCCGAAAAAUGAAAAAAUCCUGAAUUUUCCAGCAGCACCGCCACAAGUUCCCGUCAACAAUAUCAAACAUUUUCGGACGAAGAUGAUAUUUACGAUAACUUGCCUCCCGAAUACGGUCCUUUCGAUGAAAUUGAGCCAAUUUUGGAGCCGGAAGCACCGUUGAAAAUCAAAACUUUGGUGACGGCAGUUGGCCUAACUAUUUUGGUGUUCACUUUGCUCAUUUCAACCGUAGCUUUUGCUUCGUUGUAUUUUCAUUUGGUGGCACAGGUGAGCGAAAAAAGCAUGCGGUGAAAUUGCAAAAAUGGGCGGAGCUUCAAGAAUCUCUCUCAAAAAACCAUGCGGCAAAAUUGCAGAACUCGUCCCAUCUGCCAAAAUGGCCUCCACCCUCAAUUUCACCACUCGGAAAAUACUCGAAAGCCUCCGUGGCUGCUGACAACGAAAUCUGCUCGGAAAUCGGACGCAACAUCCUUUUGCAAGGCGGAAAUGCGGUCGACGCGGCAAUUUCCGCGUUGUUUUGUAUCGGUGUGAUGGAUACGCAUUCGGCUGGCAUUGGAGGCGGACAUUUUAUGACGAUUUAUAAUGCGUGGGUGGCUCUUGACACGAUUUUUGGAGGGGUUACUGUACUUAGAGCGCGCGGAAUUUCGAAAUUUUGAAAAAUAAGCAUUUCAGCUUAAAAUCUGAAAAACCUGAAUCUUGCCACGAUUUUUUCACGGAUUACUGUGGUUGAAUUUUUGCGCGCGAAAUUUCAAAUUCAAAAAAAAUGAAGCAUUGCUCAGGUUAUAUUUAUGAUUGAGUUGAAAAAUUAGGAUUUUCAUUAUUCAUGUCGAAAAAAAUAAUUUAAAAAAAACUUUUUUUUACAAAAAAUUUCGAAAAACUAUAUUUUUUCCCUAUUUUUUGAAAUUUUCUGAAUCGAAAUUUUUUUUUCAAAAAAUAUUUUUAAAUUAUUUUUUUUCGACUUGAAUCUGAUGUGAGUCUUGCCACGAUUUUUUGGAGGGGUUACUGUAGCGCGGGAGGAAUUUGAAUAUGAAAUUUUGAAAAAUGAGCAUUGCUCAGGUUAAUAGAAAAAAUUUAGGUUUUUCAAAUUGUUUGGCUCAAAAAAAUGAGCAUUGCUCAGGUUAAUUGAGCUUUUCGGCUGCAAAAUCUGAGUCUUGCCACGAUUUUUCCACGGAUUACUGUGGUUGGAUUUUGCGCGCGAAAUUUCAAAUUCAAAAAUUCUACUAACUACAGUAAAAAAUCCCGGCGAGACCCAAAAAAUUGCUCAUGUUAAAUUUUUUGCAGCACCACAAAAUCGUGUACUGUAGUUGACGCAAGAGAAAUUGCACCGCUUGCGGCUACGGAAGAAAUGUACAGAGACAAAUGGAAUCAGAGUCGGAUUGGUCAGUUUUUUUUUUAAAUUUGAUCUUGGGCGAAAAAAGUUCGGUAGAUCAAAAUUUCCCGCGCAAAUUUCGAUCUCAAAUUCCUGUAAUUAGUUUUUCGAGUUUUUCAGCCAAAAAUGAUGACAAAUCGAUAUUUUUCAAGCUUCUGGAGUAAUUUCUGAUGAAAAUAAGCUUCGAGAACCCUAUUUUACCUCAUUUUAUGAAUUUUUUCGAAAUUCAUCAAAAUUUGAAAUUUUUUUAUUUUACGAAAAAUCAGCAAAACCUUCUGGAAAGUGAAUUCCAAGGUCAAUUUUAAUCAGAAAUUCCUCCAGAAGCUUGAAAAAUAUCGAUUGGUCAUCAUUUUUGGCUGAAAAACUCGAAAAACUAAUAUUUUUUCGACAUUUUUUGACUUGGUAGAUCAAAAUUUCAAUGUUUGCCACGUCAUAACCAUGUUUGGUGUCAAAAAAUCGCAAAUUUCCUGCAGGCUGGAAAGCGAUCGCAGUUCCCGGUGAACUUCACGGUCUCCGAACCGAAUUCGACAAUUUCGCCAGUCACAAAAUCCCAUGGCACUCACUAAUCGCUCCCACAAUUCAACUUCUCAAAGAGGGCUACCCCACAUCGCAUGCCCUUGCAAAAGCCCUAAAACAAAACGAAAAAUGGAUAGCCAGCGAAAAAACGAUGCGACAAUUCAUCAAUCCCGCGACACAACGUGUUUUCGCACCCGGCGAACAAAUCGCAACUCGCCAGAAUUUCCUGGAAACCUUUGGACCUUCUCGCCAACUCCAGCGAUCCGAUCGGCGAUUUUUAUGCGGGUGGAAUUGCGCGGAGUGUUGUUGCGGAAUUUGCGGCGAAUGGUGGGAUAUUGACAGCUGAGGAUUUCAAAAAUUAUCGAUCGAUUAUUCAUUCCGGAGCGGAUGUGAUUACGACGAGAUUGAGCGGAGGGCGCGCGGUAUGCGGACCGCCUCCGCCUUCCGGAUCAGCAGUUGCGCAGGCGAUUUUGAGCAUUUUGGAUGGGUAGGUGUUUUUGAAGAAUCCAAAUAAAAUUUUUUAAAGUUUUCUAGAUUUUUUCUAGGAGCCUAGAUGGACUUUUGUGAGCCAAAUCCUGAUUUAUGGGCCUAAAACGGCCUAAAAACCAAAGAUCUUAUCAAAUUUAGGAUAGCCUAAAUUAGGGCCUUAGUUUUUAACAAGCCUGAAAUCUACACAAUUCUAGGCCUAUUUUCCAGGCCUAAUGGGCCUUUUUAUCAGGUUAAAAAUUUGGCUUUUACAAAUUUUUCCUAAAAAUUAGGCUUUAAAAAAGCCUACGGGGCCUGAAGCCUGGAAAAAACCAGAAAAUCUGGAAAAUUUUUUGAAUUUUUCAAAUUAUCAGCCUGAAUUUGGUUGUAAAAUUAAUUUUUAUCUGGAAUUUUUGCACGUUUUUCAGAAAAUUUGUUAGAAAAUUUAAAAUAAAAAACAUUUUUUUACAAAAAAAAUUCUGAAAAUCAGAAAAUUUGUUAGAAAAUUUAGAAUAAAAAACAUUUUUUUUACAAAAAAAAUUCUGAAAAUCAGAAAGUUUAGAAUAAAAAACAUUUUUUUUACAAAAAAAAUUCUGAAAAUCAGAAAAUUUGUUAGAAAAUUUAGAAUAAAAAACAUUUUUUUUACAAAAAAAUUCUGGAAAUCAGAAAAUUUGUUAGAAAAUUUAGAAUAAAAAAAACAUUUUUUUUUACAAAAAAAAUUCUGAAAAUCAGAAAAUUUGUUAGAAAAUUUAGAAUAAAAAACUUUUUUUACAAAAAAAAAUUUUCAAAAAAUUUUUUUUUCAAAAAAAAACCGUGCCCUAAAAUUGCAAAACUGUUGUGCCAGGGUUGCAGAAAGGGGGCGUGGCUAAAUUCCACCUGAUUUUAUUACAGCUAUCCCUACACCAACCUCACCACCUUCGCCAAAAUCGCCACCACCCACCACAAUUUCAUCGAGGCGAGCAAAUUCGCGUACGCGGCUCGCAGUUGGUUGGGCGACCCGCGAUUCGUCGCCAAUGCCACCGAAAUCGCGCGCAAUAUUACGAGCCGCGAAUGGGCCGAAUGGGUGCGGAAGAGGAUAACGGACCGACCGCAUGAGGAUGCGUAUUAUGGCGGAGAUUUCCGCGCGGUUGCCGAAGAUCACGGAACGACGCACGUUUCGGUGAUUGAUGCCGAUGGAAAUGCCGUGUCUGUCACAUCGACUAUUAAUUUGUAGUGAGUUGGUUUUGGAGAGGUUAAUAUGAGCAAUACCUGGAAAUUUUGAAAUUUUUUGAAAUAUUAUUAACCUGAGCAAUCUCUUUCAGAGUUGGUUAAUAUGAGCAAUCCCUAUGUUGUCAUUGAAGGAAGUAAUCAUAUAGUUUAACCUGAGCAAUCCCUGGAAUUUUGUAUUUUUUAAAGAUAUAUUAAUCUGAGCAACAUCUCACAUGAGUAAUUCUUCAAAUUUCCGAAAAAUUGCAAAUUCUUUACCUGAGCAAUCUCUUUCAGAGUUGGUUAAUAUGAGCAAUCUCUAUAUUUUUAUUAAAGGAAGUAAUCAUGUAGUUUAACCUGAGCAAUCCCUGAAAUUUUGAAAUAUAUUUUUUUAGCAUGAGCAAUUUUUCAAAUUUCCGAAAAUUCAAAAAUUGGUUAACCUGAGCAAUCUCUUCCAGAGUUGGUUAACAUGAGCAAUCCCUAUAUUUUUAUUAGAAGAAGUAAUCAUCUAGUUUAACCUGAGCAAUCCCUGGAAAUUUUUGAAAUUUCUUGAAAUAUAUUAAUCUGAGCAACAUCUCACAUGAGCAAUUCUUCAAAUUUCCGAAAAUUCAAAAAUUUGGUUAACCUGAGCAAUCUCUUUCAGAGUUGUUGUUAAUAUGAGCAAUCCCUAUCUUUUGAUUGUAGGAAAUAAUAAUCUAGUUUAACCUGAGCAAUCCCUGAAAUUUUGAAAUAUAUUAAUCUGAGCAACAUCUCACAUGAGCAAUUCUUCAAAUUUCCGAAAAUUCAAAAAUUUGGUUAACCUGAGCAAUCUCUUUCAGAGUUGUUGUUAAUAUGAGCAAUCCCUAUAUUUUGAUUGUAGGAAAUAAUAAUCUAGUUUAACCUGAGCAAUCCCUGAAAUUUUGAAAUAUAUUAAUCUGAGCAACAUCUCACAUGAGCAAUUCUUCAAAUUUCCGAAAAUUCGAAAAUUGGUUAACCUGAGCAAUCUCUUUCAGAGUUGGUUAAUAUGAGCAAUCCCUAUAUUUUCAUUAAAGGAAGUAAUCAUCUAGUUUGACCUGAGCAAUCCCUGGAAUUUUGAAAUUUUUUGAAAUAUAUUAAUCUGAGCAAUCCCUUUCAGAGUUUUUGUUAAUAUGAGCAAUCCCUAUGUUUUUUUUAUUAAAGGAAAUAAUCAUCUAGUUUAACCUGAGCAAUCCCUGGAAUUUUGAAAUUUUUUGAAAUAUAUUAAUCUGAGCAACAUCUCACAUGAGCAAUUUUUAAAAUUUCCAAAAAUUCAAAAAAUUGGUUAACCUGAGCAAUCUCCUUCAGAGUUUUUGUUAAUAUGAGCAAUCCCUAUGUUUUCAUUAAAGGAAGUAAUCAUGUAGUUUAACCUGAGUAAUCCCUGGAAUUUUGAAAUAUAUUAAUCUGAGCAAUAACACUAGGGAUCUUUAGCAUGAGCAAUUCUUCAAAUUUCCGAAAAUUCGAUAAUUUUAUUGAGGACUAACCUGAGCAAUUCCUGGAAUUUUGAAAUUUUUUGAAAUAUAUUAAUCUGAGCAAUAUCUCACAUGAGCAAUUCUUCAAAUUUCCGAAAAUUCAAAAAUUGGUUAACCUGAGCAAUCUCUGAACUUUAAAUAAAUUAAGAUUAAAGAAAAGUAUACAGUAUAACCUGAGCAAUGCCCCCCAAAAUUGUAUUUUUUCAGUCUUGGCGCAAUGGUUUCAUCAGAAUCCACCGGAAUUUUGUGGAACAACGAAAUGGACGAUUUUUCGACACCGGGUCACCCGAAUUUUUUCGGUUUUCCACCAUCUCCCGCCAAUUUUAUUCGACCCGCAAAACGACCGAUGAGCAGCCAAAGUCCCAUUAUUAUUUAUGGUGAAGAUGGCGUAAGUCGGGGCGAUUUUUUCUGGAAAAUUCCCAAAUUUUCAGCAACUUGUAUCAGUAGGCGGUGCAGGUGGAUCGACAAUAAUCUCAGGCGUCGCCGCCGUUGCUCACCACACAAUUUGGCGCCAAAAAAAUCCGAAAGAAGCCGUCGAUUUGCCACGUCUUCACAAUCAAUUCCAGCCGAAUUACACGAGUUUCGAGCCGACAUUUCCCAAAAAAUAUAUUCGAGAUUUGCAAGAGCGAGGACAUCAAAUGCGCCCCGUUAAUAAUCUGACAGUGGUUACGGUAACUCAAAAAGCCGCCGAUGGACAGAUUUAUGCGAAUUCGGAUUUUAGAAAAGGAGAGGAAUCCGCACCGGCUGGAUAUUGA